AUGGAGAUUAAGCUAGAUGUUGUAAUCUGUACGUGUAUCAGACAAAAGAAACCCUGGCCUCGCAUCUCAUGGAUUGGCCAGGAAAAAGAGGCUAUUUUUCUUCUAGAUGAUAAACAUAUAAAUGAAAUUAACCUGGCAUCAGGGAAGACAAAGAAGAAGAUUCCUCAGCUGCAGUCGUUGUUGAAAAAUGUAGUUGUUUUGUCAACAUCAAGAAAUGGUGCUUGGUUGGCAGGAAUACUUGCAACAGGAGAGCUGUUUCUUUGGAAUAAAGAUCAGGACUGCUUGAAAAUUGUGCCAGCAAUUGAUGAAUCUAGGAAAGUAGUUGCAGCAGCAGGAGAGUGUUUAAUGAGAUUGUACUUGUAUGUAUCUGGAGAUGGCAGAAAGGCACUAUUAACUACUCCUACAGCAUGUGUCUUUUUGUGGGAGACCACAGAACAUGAAAAUACAUCCUCUUAUAAAAAUUCUUCUGGGCGUUGGACUCAAAUUUUGCCUGAUGAGUCAGUUAUGUUGCCUUCUACUGAAGAAAAAGAAAUCGGAGUGCAUGCUGCUUUCAUACAGAAUGAGAUACUGGGUGAUUGCUGUUUAUGUUCUUUUGUGUUCUACUCUGGGGAGUCUUUGGUGCUCACAUUUUUGAUUCUUCAGUGGCAUGAAAAUAGCUUUAAAUAUGUUAGUUCUUUGCCAUAUGAGAUCCACUGGAUACAGCAGACUUGUUCUCUUGAUAGUUUGGUUCCUCAGUGUGUGUCUGUAAAGUCAAGAGGAGCUUUGCUAUGUGCAUUUGCGAGAGAUGGACUUCUGCUUGCAGUAGCUGUUAAUCAAACUGAUCCAAAGGCAACUCAGGUUUUGUUUUUAAACACGCUGAAUUUUGUAACUGUUUCGGGUAACCUUAAGGGUUGUAGUAGCAGGAAUAGCACAGUCCCAUCCAAGUUUAUCAGGUCUUACUGGAUUGGCGAUAUGAGUUGGACCCCUGAUAGCCUUUUCUUGGCCUGCAUGUUAAAACGUGGAUCUUUGAUUUUACUGACAUGUCGGGGUGAAUUGCUGACCUUGAUUACUUCUGGUUGCUCUGUGGAAUUUGGACCGGCAGAGUUUAUUCCAUUUCAUCCACUAAUAACAUACAGACAGCAGCACUCGUUUUGUCAAGACUCUAGUCAGUCUCUUGGUUCUUCAGCUUCUGAAAGUGACCUUAUGAGACAGAGAUUCUCUGUUGCUUCACAUUCAAGAUUACCCUACCUCAUUGUCUCUGAUGGAUACAUGAUAACAGUGCUUAGAUUUCCUAGCAACUUUUCACCAUCAGGAUUUAUAAGAUCUCUUUUGCUCGAUUCAACUCAACGGCUUGAAAAUACCCGUCAGAAUUUGUUGAACUCCAAGUGUAAAGGCAGACCUCUCUGCUUACAAUCACUGUUGUCUUUAAAAGCUAGUCUUCUAAAACAUGCUCAAACCCAAAGUCCUGUCUUUUCCACCAUUCCGAAAUUCCUGGAGGAGGACACAACAGAAAUGAGUGAGAAGACCGUGGACUUACUGGAUUAUGAAGAAUCAGAUGAGGAAAAGCAGUUUUUCAAGAGUCCUUCCAGCUUCUACAGCCAAAGAAUCCAUUCAUUUGUUGAUAAAGCUGAUGAAGGCCACUUAGAAUUUGCAUCAAUGUUUGAUACUAUCCACGCAAAAGACAACGCUGAAGAGAGAGAUAAGUUGUCAGUGGAACUUUGUUCCAUUUGGAAAAACCUCCUUGCUGCAUGGCAGAUAGGUAUUUCAAAAAAUGUGGAAGAGAAAGAUACUUUGCUGAAUUACACAGUGAAUUGCAUUAUCCAUUUUUUAAGCAUUCUUCAGUUUGUGAAAUGUUCUUUGCUAAAUGGAGAUGCAUCUUUAAACAAGUCUGUGAAGAGUACUCACUGGAUGCAAUGUGUCCUAGAAUAUUUUCAGCAGUGUUUAACUGUCUUAUACUGGCAUUCAAGAGCCGGUCUGACUGGACAUGUGGCAAAACUGACAUUACAGACUUUAAAACUGAUGCUUAUACAGCAGCAAGAUCAGUUGUUCUCAAAACACCUUUUGGCAUGCUUCUGUCUUUUGAAAAUGGUUUCUCAUACUCUAAGUAGUGUGUGUGUACUACAGUAUGAGAGUUUUUUAACAUCUCAUGAUAAUAGUCUUGUGGAACUUGACUCCCUCACUGUGCCUAUUUUCCUAGUUCUUGGUGAGGGUACUACUCAGCAAUUCAGCUCAAUGAUAUCUCAGCUUAGAGAGCCUCCACGAACAGUAAACCAUGAUGCAAAAACAGAAAAAAGGUUGAUUGUACUAUGGCAAUUUUUGUAUAAGAAGGUGGUUUGGUAUCAGAUGCAGCUGAACAGAAGAGAGAACAAGAACGCAGAAGAGGAGUCUGUUGUCUCAUCCCUUUUAAGUCAUAUACAGGCGACCCUUCAGUCCUCAGGAGUGGCAUUAGAGCAGCAUUUGAAGAUUAAUUGUAUAUCUGGUGAGGAAAAGUUCCUUUUUGGCUCAUACAGAGAAUCUGUGGACAUAUGGAAAAAAUCUCUUUGUGAAAUCAAGGCAAAUGGAGGGAAAAGAGCAUGUUUUCUUCAGAGUAGAUAUUAUCUUGCAAUAUUAUUUUGCCACCUAUAUCAGUAUAACUUGUGUGAAGCUCAGGGACUCUGUGAUCAUCUGGUAGGAGAGAUUCUACAGCGAUCACAGCUCUCAGUAAGAAAGAUGGAAGAAUUUUCUGAUACCAAGUUUAUUGAUCAUGAACUAUGGAUGGUAACAGAUGUUCAUACUGAAACUGCUAUGGCUGUGAUUCGAUCCAUGGCACGAUUCAUGGCAGCUUAUUUCACAAAUCAGCUACUCUAUAUCUUUCCCCCUCACAAUGUUGACAUCCUGCAUCCAGUUCACAUCAAACCAGACUUACCUCCUCGUAUGAUUCCACUGCAACACUGUUUGGUUGCCAGAGCAGUCAGGGACCAGAACCUUUCAUCUGUGUGGACAGCUGAGUAUGCUCUUGAUUUGUUCUUUAUUGGAGGACUCAUUCCAGAGGCUGUGUGGUUAACACAAAGACUUGGGGACUGGAAACUGUCCAUUUCAAUUGGUGUAGCCUACCAGCUGUAUUGCCAGAACUCUGAUGAAUUCCCAAGAUUGAAGAACACAGAAUGUCACCUGCCAUUAAGUUUAUCGCCAAUGCAGACUUUUCAGGAAAAGUUACAGUCUUUGUUAGGACAGCCAGUUACUUCUGAAACAUCAGGAUGUAUUAGAUACAAGCAGUUUACAGAUCCCAUUGAAGAGGAAGAUGCAAAUGUUCUUUAUAGUUCAAUACAGGAACUACUGAAAGCAGCUGUUAUGGCAGAUGCUGAUAUUCUCUCUGAGACAUUUCAGCUUUUGAUGGAUUCUGCCAAGGAUCUUAGUAGAAAAUUGUAUGGUUUAGUUCCAGAUGGGCUUUAUCUUCCAGCACCACCAUUGUACUGUCCUCAGCCAGCUUCUCUCAGUGAAGAAGACUGCAAUGACAUUCUUUUAAAAAUUGAGAAAGAAACUCGUCAGAAAGUGUCAGGAGUUCUUCAACGAGUUAUCUUGCUUUUCCGGGCAGCUCAUUGUUCAUGCCCUGCAGCACAGUGGUAUGUUGCACAACUGAAGUGGGCAAGAAAAGUUAUGCAGAAAAUUCGAAUUAAAGGAUCUCUUCCUCCACUGAGUCCAUUCCCAGAGACUUUACUUCGUUACUCCAAUUUCCACACCGUUUUCAAUAGGUCCACGUCUUCUGGAGACCACCAGUUUGAUGAUAUUUGCUGUAAAAUUUUAGGUUGCUUCAGAGAGCUGUGUGCAUUGUGUUGGAUGUUUCAUGUUCGUGAAAGAUUAUCUGACAACUGUAGACGGUACCAAACUGCAAGGGAGAAUAUUAACAAUCAUAAGAACCUGAAGAAGAAUGGACAUGAUGGCUCCACAGUUGAGCAUUGCCUGAAUGCAGUGGAGUGGGCUUGUCGAAUGCUUCCUUUCUGCAGAUUCUUAAAUAUUGAAGAAUUAGUUCAAGAUAUAAUUUUGAGUCUACUUGGAGAAUUGCCGCCAGUGAAAAAGGUGGCAGAGGUUUUUGUAAAAGCAUUUCCUAAUCCUGAAGAUAUAAGAGUUCCACUAAGAGAUAAAUAUCAUGGACUUCAGCAACGACUCAGACACAGUAUUGUUAAAGAAAGUGAAGAAGUGAUGUCUGUUGUCCUACAGGCUACUGAAAAAGUGAGAAUGAAGGCCCUGAGACGUGUAAUAAGGAACAUAGGCCCCAUAGAAAUUCAUAUUUGGGAGCCAGCAGAAGAGGGAGCCGCAGAUGAUGAGGCACACUGUUACGACAGAUUCUCGUUAGGCACUAGUCUAAGCAGAAGCACACUUACUGAUCUUAGCAGUCCUCAGAUAUAUAGUGAUGCUGACACAGCAGAUACGAUUUCUGAUGCUUUGUUUACUGAAGAUACAAGAACUCACAUAUCUUCACUCCAAAGGGAUAAUGUACAUCAUAGACAAGAAGAAGCAAGUAGCAGAAAUACUAAAUGCAAGAUAAAAGCUUUUAACUGGAAAGCAAAACAAAAAGUAUCUGGAAAAGACAUGGAUAAUGAAUGCAAUUUACCUGUAGUUGGUACAUGGGAAUUUGAACGUGAUGAUGAUGAAUAUGUUAUUUUUUUAGAACUCUUUUUGAGUUAUAUUCUUGAGAGAGAUCUGAUAAAGUACAGUGACCUUGGAAUUCCAUUUCUUACCAGUUUUUCUGGACUUCUUCGAGAGCAUGAGUUAAACUCUCUCCUUUUUGAUGUUCAUAAAACGCUAAAACGUCGACAAGGCAAAACUAGAAGUCAAAAUGUGUUUAGAGCAGGGUCUUGCUAUACUGUCACCCUGACUUCUUUUGAUCCUGAAACAGUGUCUGUCUAUAAUGAAAACCAAAAUAUUUUGGAAAAUCCAACCAUUGUCCAGUCCAUUGUACAGACAGCAGAACCUCAUGCACCUAACCUAAUGAAAGGAUUUAAUGAAGGAUUAUUUGGUUUAAAACACAAGUCAAUUUAUAGAGCUUCAAAUGACAAUCAAGGAGUCACUGUUGUUCCUGCAAGCCGGAGCUUUGCUGACCAUACUUUACCGAGCCUGCAGACUCAGGCAGCUCCUAAAUACAUUUACAGAACUGUUGAUUCACUUGAUAUUGUACCAGGAGAAGAACUAACUAUAGAAUUAAUGGGUAAGCUGGGUAAUAUUGCAAAAUUGAUUGAGUGGAUGAUCAGGUGGUCUGAUAAAAGAUUGCUCUGUGGCUCAAAUAAUCAAGAUUCCUUGGAAGAGUUUUAUCCAGUGAUACGUGUGAAAACAUCAGCAGCUGCUGUCCUUACUUCGUUGUGGCUGUUAGGACAGUUAUGCAAAGCUGGAUCUCGAGCAAAGAACAUAAAAUGUAAGAGUCCAGACGAUCAAUGUAUGAAGGAAUUCACGUCUCUAUCAGAAGUCCAGUCUAGGACAGAGAAAGAAAGUAGUAUGGAUGGAGGCUCUUCCAUACUGGCCAAUCCUCUUUUUGAUGGUCAGAGUGUACAAGCCUAUGAUGAUCUUUGUGAAACUCAUUUGGGAAUGUCUACAAAGUUAAAAUAUUCUGAUAAGAAGGAAAUUAAUCAUGGGAGUUGUUCUAUACCUCAUAUGACUGAAGAUCUUAAUGAAGUGGAACCAUUUGUUCCGGAAGAGUUAGAUGUAACAUCAAAAAGAGAAGAUUUCUUUGAGGAGGCAUAUGAAACUCCAAAGAGCUCCAAUAGCUCUGUCAAGAUCAAACCUGUAGAACAUCAAAGAGACAAGGUCUCUGUUUUGGAUGUAGAUAGUCCCCGAGAAGAUCAAAACGCAGAAAAAACAAAGGAAGAAAAGGCUAAACAGGAUAUCAUGACCGAAGUUCUUUCUAGCACCAUUUGUCACUCAUUCUCUUUAGAACAAGAUGCAGUAGUUGCCAG